AUGAUUAAAUUCAUUAAGCACAAAAGAGAUACCAGUGGACUCACGCUCUUCAAAUUAAAGCACACAAAUAUGAUUUUUGUUGAUAUGGCAGACGGUCUGACAAUUCACACCAGAAAUGAAGAAUUUGUGAUCACCUAUGAUGACCAAGACUAUGAGGAAAUUGAUGUUAACAAAGAAAUCAAAAAUCUGUUUUCUAUUGGAAACACAACAAACCACAAAGUGAAGAUUCAAUUCACUUCUAAAAGUGAUAUUGAAAAAUACACAAUCCGUUUUGAACUUUCAAUUGUAACAAUUCCCCCAAAAUUUGCAUGCGAAUUUAGUCUAUUUCUUAAUCCAUUGUGUACAUCGACAAUAGACAGUACUUUUGUUGUUAGUUAUCUCUUUACCACAAGUGAUGGUACAUCAUGUGCACAUCACGUUAAUUUUAAAUACACCACCAAACUAUCAACACGACUUGAUCCAGACGAGUUGGUUGAAGAGAAGAAACUUGGAGAAGACUCUUUUGGAAUUGUGUUUAAAGGUAUUUUCAGAGGAAAUAUCGUUGCUAUCAAAAAAAUGAAAAAUUUUGUCAAUUCUUCACAUCAAAUGGAAGAAUUUGAGAAUGAGGUUUCAAUGUUAGACAAGUUGAGAAGUGAAUUUAUCGUUUACUUUUAUGGCGCUGUAUUCAUACCGAGCAAGAUAUGUUUAGUCACCGAAUUUGCACAAUAUGGAAGUUAG